AUGUCCCCCAGCGAGUCGGACCUUCAAACCAUCCAGAAGCGCUUCAAUGGCGUGGUGACCUAUCUCACCAGUGGCGGGAAGAUCAACAACGGCGCUCAGAAGACGAAGCCGUUUCUGCUGUACGGCGACGGGUGGCGCAUCCGGCAGGAUAUGAAGAGCGAGCUGCGCAACGCCGACGGAGAGACCAUCCCCAAGGCUGAUGGAUCGGGCAAUGUGCUCAUUGAGGAUGAUUCGUUGAUGGUGCAGAAGCAGCAGCAGGCGAAGACCAUCGCAGAGAAGGACGCCGUUGCGCAGGGCAAGUCCGCGAGCGAGGCCGAGGACCAGUAUCCCUACUGGAGCGACUCAAUCCAGUCCUACACCUUCGACAAGAAAUGGGGCGAUUCCCCCACCGUCGGCGUCUUUGACUCAGGCUCCUCGGCCAUUGCCUUCACCCUCAUGGAUACCGACAAGGCGCUCAUCAACCUCGGUCCCAAGGCCCUACAGGGCGGCCGCCUGCACGCGGUUGACGUGACCGCCGUCGCCAACAGUUUGUUUGAGGACCACACGCCUCCCACCGGAAGCACCAUUACCUCGAUCGCCGAGGUAGCCCCCCAAGCCACCGCCAUAUUUCACGAGCUGUUCCACCUGGUCUGGGGCGACAGUCUCAUGUACCCCUCCGUUGGAGAGGAGUACCAGUUUCAACGGAUGACGGGCUACGAGAGCCGAGGCAGUGGGAAGAAAGCGUUCACCAAGAGAUACGCCAUGCGGAACCCGCAAAGCUAUGCCUAUGCUGCGAUUGCCUACGAUUACACGCAAAAUGUGCAGUACAAGAUUUCCAACAAGAAGUCGGCCCCUGUUGAGUUCUUCACGGGUUUCGCUUCCUACGAGAAGAGCUAG